AUGACCGGCGUAACCCUGCCCGGAUCAACGGCGACCUCGCAAUCAAGAGCUAGCGUCACGCGAAAACGAUUUAGCGGGCCGGAGUAUUCUCUCGUGCCCUACGACACAAUCCACGAUGCCGUCCAUGCUCUUAUUCCACGCCCCAGCCGAGCUCGGGCAUCCUGGGCGGUCGUUCCGAUCGAGAAUUCUUAUUUCGGUCCGGUCGUGCAGACUCGAGAGAUCUAUCGGAGCCCCAAGCGGUUCGAUAUAUGUACUCGAACGCUCGACGAACGGAUUAGACUCAAGGUCGAACACUGUCUCAUCGCCCGCAAACCAUCCACACCAGCCAAAUCCUCCCCAUCACCAUCUCCGGGGCGGAAUCCCAUCAUCCUAUACGAACAAUCUAUAGCCACGCUCAGGCUCUGGGACAAUGUCAAAAGCACAUCGCUCUCCAUUACCCGCACGCCUAACGGUGGCCACAUCUUCGACCGCGGAGGCUGCGACUCUCGUCGCCAAUGA